CAAUUUGUAUUUUGAAAACAAAGCAAAGUAGGUGAAAACAAUGAACUAUAAGAAACAAACAUAGUACUACUAGUGGUGGUGCCUGGGUGUUGUUGUUGUUUCAUUUAUUUAAUUUUGGUCCUCUCCGUUAUUGAAGAGUCCGUCUUUCGUUACAAAAACAAUCAAACCCAUCUUCUCUCUCAUUCAUUCUUAUUAUGCGUUUCUCAUUACUACUCUUCCUCCUCCUUUAAUUCCUUCAUCUAUUUCCCACCUUAUUCCUACACCAUCACAAUUUCCCACACACAACAAACAAUCACCAUUCUCUCUCUAUCUAUCUCUUACCUAUUCAUAUUCAAUGGCUGUUCAAGCUCAAUACCCUUCCAAUGUACUCUUUCUCAACACCAAAAACAUCCAAGAAGGUGAAUAUGAUUUUUCAUCACAACAACAGCAACAACAACCUGAUCAAUCAAAUAUGAUGUUGUUCAACACUCCAGGCACUAACUCUAGAAAAAGAGGUAGAGAAACAUCUCAUAAUAUCAUGAAUCCAUUCUCUUUACAAUCUCAUUCUCCUCAUCUCAUAGACAUCACUCAACUCCAUCAUCAUCAACAACAAAAUCAACAACAACAAAUUGUUUCCACUGGUUUAGGAUUAUCCUUCGACAAUCAACAACAACAUCAACAAAGACUACAAUUACAACAACAACAGCAACAACAUCAACAACAACACCAACAACAUGGAUGUCACACAUCUCAUUUCUUAUCUCUAUUGUCUCAUGGCUUAGCCUCACAAAUCAAACAACAAAAAGAUGAAAUAGACCAAUUUCUUCAAGCCCAGGGAGAAGAGUUACAACGGACAUUAGAGGAAAAAAGACAGAGAAACUACCGAGCAAUAAUAAAAACAGCAGAAGAAACGGUGGCGCGUAGAUUAAGAGAAAAAGAACUCGAGGUCGAAAAGGCCACGCGCAGGAACAUUGAGUUAGAAUCACGCGCGGCUCAGCUUAGAGCCGAAUCUCAAAUUUGGCAAGCAAAAGCGAAAGCGCAGGAAGCAACGGCUAUUUCUCUCCAAACGCAGCUGCAUCAGGCUAUGAUGAGCUCCGGCGCAGAAAACAGAGGUGAAGAAGGGUGCGGGCUAUCGUGCGCCGCGGAAGAUGCGGAAUCGGGUUAUAUUGACCCGGAAAGGGUAGUGUCGGGUCCAAAAUGUAGAGGGUGUGGAAAACGGGUUGCGUCGGUGGUUGUGUUGCCGUGUCGUCAUUUAUGUGUUUGCACCGAAUGCGACGCGCGUUUCCGUGUUUGUCCCGUUUGUCUCACCGUUAAAAAUUCGACGGUUGAGAUUUAUCUAUCUUAGUUGAGUUUUCACAAUCACAUGAUGAUGCUUGCUGCAUGAUGCAUGUUCAUCACAGAAAUAAUUAAAAAAAUGAUAAUUUUUUUUUUUGAAAUUACCUAGGUGAUAUACAUGUCAUGGCCACAUGGAUAGUGGCAUUUUUUUUGUUGUUGGGUUCUUCAUCACUCUGGAAAUUUUAUUUUAUUUUAUUCUAUUGAAUUUUUAUAUUUAAUUUAA